AUGCUUCGUCAAGUAGCCUCCGAAGCCUCCAAAUUUGUUGGACAGCGCAAGAUGUUUAUCAAACAGACAGAUCAAAGGUCGGGUGAGAUCUAUUACGUUCUCAACAAGUGGCCAACCGCGCCAAAACGACCAGCAGAAACCGAAUACUUCGAGGCCAGCGAGCUUCUGCUUGACCUUGACGAUAUGUUCAGCAAGCACGUGCGACCAGUUACGGAGAAGGAUGACUCGCAGGCACUCAAACUAUGGUCACGGAAUCCCAAGGAAAAUUCCAUUAAAAAAAAAAUCGGCGACCUCGAGCGGACGUUGGGCGAAUCGAGGUCGGGGGCCUUCGAAGCACGAUCGAGACCAUUACAUGCCUGGCGACUCGGGAGCUACGACGUCUUCUCCGCGGCUCUCCGGGUAUCACGAGCUCCACUGAUCGACUUCUCACAAGGCGCCAUUAGUACCUCGACUGCCGAGACAGGACCCAGUAUGAUCCACCUGCUUUGUUCAAAGAAUGGUAUUGAACAACAGGCUCCGAAGAAUGAUUCACAGCUUCUACAGCGGUUUCAGUCACGACUAAGCUCAUUUAAAUCAGAUCAAGGUCCCAGAGUUUCUGCAAGUCAGCUAUCAGAAGCAUUGAGGAGUCAAAACUCGCUCAUCAGUUUUCGCAGACUAGUGUCGCAGUACUUAUCAUGCAAUCCUAAUGGCAUCGCUUUUCACCAAGCUCACGACACCCAACAACAACUAAAACCAGAUCUAUCUUCAAGUGUCCGAGAUGCGUGCGAGAGUGUAUGGAAAAAAAACCUCAAGCAGAACACUCGGGACAUGUUAACUUUCAUUGGCAAUCUUGGACAAAGAUUAUCAGCCAGAGAAGAGCAUAUAGGAGGGCCUUUGUGUGGCUUCGGAAUGAAGCUUUCGGCUGAAAUUUGCGUUCCUACGAUUUCUCGCCAAUACUUGAACACGGGAUCCGAGAUCAAUCACUGGAGUUCCAGCGAUCAAGGAAUAGGAGACAUAGUCCAAGUCCUAGCAACAUACACACGCCACCUCAUCACAGAUUCGAAGCGAAACAAGCUUGACGUGAAGGGUCGAGAGGCGCUCCUGAAACUACUAGUCGGCGACGUAGAUCAAGAAGAUCCCCCGACGGUUCGAUCGCUUAUACUCGAUAUGCUACAAGACAAAUCCAGAGAGGGCAUGGCGCAUAGAGCUUUGGACGCCUACCGAGCCUAUAUAGUGCUGCUCGGUCAUUUGGGGGCGGCAGCCCUGCUCGAGCACGAAAUGCAAUUAUUUGUUUCUCGAGAGAUUGAAGGGUCAAGGGACAGAGAGGGGCUGGAAAAUCCAGGACACAAACCAGACGCAACCGUUGCCGAGGCUUUUAAGGUUGCAAUAGACAAUUUAGUCGUGCCGCCAAACAAAACUGCACUUCCGGCAAACCUCGACUUUGCCGGCUGUGUCAUGCUGGAUCUAAGAGCCAUCGGAAAUUAG